UCUGCCCGGGGAGGGCGACGGGGCUGUGGGCCGGAGGUGGAGGGGGCAGUUAAGACACCCCAGUUAAAACACGGGACCCGGGUCACCCGUGUCAGUGUCGAGGACGAGCACAGAGCAGUGAAAGCCGGCAGAUUGUCAGAGGACUUUUGAUUCCUGUCACUUUGUGGCGAUCACAGCUGGGAUGGAUAGAGCGAGCCUCAGUGUCCACAGCUCGUGUCGUCCAAGCCGAAUGCUUGCGCUGGAAAUCUCUCGAGGGUGAACGAGAAGCCGAAGAUGCCGGGCUAAUGUCACGGCUGACAGCGAUGGUUUUAGAAGGCUCUGUAAUGUAACGAACCGAUUCUUUACCUAACUUGAAAGAAGCUUUCACCCUUAUUCCUGCAACCAUGUCCACCAAUGAGAACGCUAACUCACCAGCUGCCCGGCUCAACAGAUUUAAGAACAAAGGAAAAGACAGUACUGAAAUGCGGCGCCGCCGAAUAGAAGUUAAUGUGGAGCUGAGGAAAGCCAAGAAAGAUGACCAGAUGCUGAAGAGGAGAAACGUCAGCUCAUUUCCUGAUGAUGCUACUUCUCCACUGCAGGAAAACCGCAACAAUCAGGGCACUGUAAAUUGGUCUGUUGAGGACAUUGUUAAAGGCAUUAACAGCAACAAUUUGGAAAGCCAGCUCCAAGCUACUCAAGCUGCUCGGAAACUGCUUUCUAGGGAGAAACAGCCUCCUAUAGACAACAUCAUCCGGGCUGGUUUGAUCCCAAAAUUUGUGUCCUUCUUGGGCAAAACUGAUUGUAGUCCCAUUCAGUUUGAAUCUGCUUGGGCGCUUACUAACAUUGCUUCUGGAACAUCUGAACAGACGAAGGCUGUGGUGGAUGGAGGCGCUAUCCCAGCAUUCAUUUCUCUCCUGGCAUCUCCCCAUGCUCACAUCAGCGAGCAAGCUGUAUGGGCUCUUGGAAACAUUGCAGGUGAUGGUUCUGUUUUCCGGGACUUGGUUAUCAAAUACGGUGCGAUUGACCCAUUGUUGGCACUUCUUGCGAUUCCUGACCUGUCUUCCUUGGCAUGUGGUUACUUACGUAAUCUUACCUGGACACUUUCAAACCUCUGUCGGAAUAAGAAUCCCGCCCCCCCCUUAGAUGCCGUGGAGCAGAUUCUUCCUACUUUAGUUCGUCUCCUGCAUCACAAUGAUCCAGAAGUAUUAGCAGAUUCCUGCUGGGCUAUUUCCUAUCUGACCGAUGGUCCAAAUGAGCGCAUUGAAAUGGUGGUGAAGACAGGAGUUGUACCCCAGCUUGUGAAGCUUCUAGGAGCUGUUGAAUUGCCAAUCGUGACUCCUGCACUAAGAGCCAUAGGGAAUAUUGUCACUGGAACUGAUGAACAGACUCAGAUUGUGAUAGACGCAGGAGCACUUGCAGUCUUUCCCAACCUGCUCACAAACCCCAAAACUAAUAUUCAGAAGGAGGCCACGUGGACAAUGUCCAACAUCACAGCUGGACGCCAGGACCAGAUACAGCAAGUUGUGAAUCAUGGCUUAGUCCCAUUUCUUGUUGGGGUCCUCUCUAAGGCAGACUUUAAGACACAGAAGGAAGCUGUGUGGGCUGUAACCAACUACACCAGUGGUGGCACUGUUGAACAGAUUGUAUAUCUUGUUCAUUGUGGCAUAAUAGAACCUUUGAUGAACCUCUUAAGUGCAAAAGAUACCAAAAUUAUUUUGGUUAUUCUUGAUGCCAUUUCUAAUAUCUUUCAGGCUGCUGAGAAACUAGGUGAGACAGAGAAACUCAGUAUAAUGAUUGAAGAGUGUGGAGGCUUGGACAAAAUUGAAGCACUACAGAGCCAUGAAAAUGAGUCUGUGUACAAGGCUUCAUUAAACUUGAUUGAGAAGUACUUCUCAGUGGAGGAGGAGGAAGAUCAGACUGUGGUACCAGACACUACCUCUGAAGGCUUUGCCUUCCAAGUUCAGGAUGGGGCUCCCGGGACCUUUAACUUCUAAUGUCCAGCUGAAGCACAAAGUUGCUAGCUAUGUCCUGUGUUCUUCAUAAAUUUGUCUUACUGUUUCUCUACUAAGAACUCUUUUUAAAUGUGGUUUGUUAUUGUAGCACUUUUUACAAAGAAACUAUACUUGAACAGUUGUGAACUGUACAUACUAUAUAAAACUGUCCUGAGUUUCUUAUUUCUAUGUGGAAUUUCGUAUCCUGCAGUGUCCUGUAAAUAAAGAUUAGGUUCCAGUCUUCUUUA